AUGACAUUUAUCUUCCUAAAGGGUGGCAAACUUGAAGAUACAUACAAAGCUUUGAAGACGAUACGAAAUAGAAGCUCCGCCCUAAAGCAACCAAUAAUUAUGCAGAGCGCUAUUCAAUCAGAUUACGGUAAUGAAAUACAGUCGGUUCCUAUUGAACAUAGGUUUAAUCCCUACGAUGAUAAUGGAGGUACAAUUCUAGGAAUCGCAAGCGAGGAUUUCGCUAUUAUUGCAGGCGACACAAGACAUACAACCGGUUACUCGAUCAAUUCACGUGAGGAGCCAAAAGUUUUUGACUGUGGUGAUGAUAUUAUCAUCUCCGCAAAUGGGUUUGCUGCUGACAGUGAUGCGUUGAUAAAGAGAUUCCAAAAUAGCGUGAAAUGGUAUCAUUUUGACCACAACAAGAAGCUAAAGUUACAAUCGGCCGCUAGAAAUAUACAACAUAUACUAUAUGCAAAGCGUAUGUUUCCAUAUUAUGUUCAUACCAUUGUUGCUGGCCUAGAUGACGAAGGAAAGGGCGCAUUAUAUUCUUUCGAUCCAGUCGGAUCUUACGAGCGUAACCAGUGCAUAGCAGGAGGUGCAGCUGCAGCCUUGAUCAUGCCUUUCCUAGACAAUCAAAUCAGCUUUAAAAACCAAUAUGUCGCAGAGUCUAACGGCACAGAAAGAAAACCGCUCAAGGACUUAUCGCUUGAAGAUGUGAUCAGGCUAGUGCGGGAUGCGUUCAACUCCGCUACUGAAAGGCAUAUUCAUGUUGGUGACAACCUUCAAAUUAUGAUAGUCACUAAGGAUGGAGUAAAGGAAGAAUACUACGAAUUGAAGAAGGAUUGA